AUGGCAUUACCAGAGGUUCCCCCUGUUCCUGGCAGGCAGUGCGCACACGGCCGCCUUUCGCGCUCGUCGCGGGCCGGGCUGCAGUUCCCCGUGGGCCGCGUGCACCGGCUGCUGCGCAAGGGCAACUACGCGGAGCGGGUGGGCGCCGGCGCCCCGGUGUACCUGGCGGCCGUGCUGGAGUACCUGACGGCCGAGAUCCUGGAGCUGGCGGGCAACGCGGCCCGCGACAACAAGAAGACGCGCAUCAUCCCCCGCCACCUGCAGCUGGCCAUCCGCAACGACGAGGAGCUCAACAAGCUGCUGGGCAAGGUGACGAUCGCGCAGGGCGGGGUGCUGCCCAACAUCCAGGCCGUGCUGCUGCCCAAGAAGACCGACAGCCACAAGGCCAAGAGCAAGUAA